CUACUUCUCAGCUCAUAGUGCUUUUUCAUUGUACACCCCAAUCUCUCACCCAUUAAUUUUCUCAUCCCCCUCUCACUUUUUUGCGCUUGUUCUCACUCAUCCUUUAUCUCUCUCUCUCUCUGCAACAAAGAAAACAAGUAUAGUACUGUCCUAUAAUAAUAUUCCUAAAGCAAAAGAAAAGAGAUCAUCAAACACACACCUCCGAGCAUGGCUUCUUUAUCUCUCUCUCUCAACAAGAACCCUAAUCCUCCGGUCACUGGCCUCUUCCCAAAACAGGACAACCUUAACAGACUCGCAACCAAAACCAGUGCAAUUAGCCUAAACAAGCCCUUCUCAUCAAAAAAAUUAGAAAAUGAAAAAACCACGAUCAUGUUCACACGUUCAUCGGUUUCAAGUACUACAAGUACUCACGACUACCGCAAAUCCGACGCCGUUUUGAGCCAUGAUCACCCUCACCCUCACCACCACAACCACCAUCACGUGGACGAAGCCACGCUCCUCCUACAAAACGAAGAAGACGAGAGACCGCUCAGAGAAAUCUGGCGAGAAAUCCAAGGGUCAAACGACUGGGAGGGACUCGUUGACCCGUUAAAUUCCUGCCUGAGGAGAGAAAUAAUCCGGUACGGCGAGUUCGCGCAGGCCUGCUACGACUCCUUUGACUUUGACCCUAACUCAAAGUACUGCGGCACCUGCAAGUACCCGGGGGCCCACUUCUUCGAGAAGCUGGAGAUGGCCGAUCGCGGCUACAAGAUCAGCCGCUAUCUUUACGCCACGUCGAACAUCAACCUCCCGAACUUCUUCCAAAGGUCCAAGAUGAGCAGCGUCUGGAGCCAGCACGCCAACUGGAUGGGAUACGUCGCCGUUUCGACCGACGAGGACGAGAUCCGACGGCUCGGACGCCGCGACAUCGUCAUCGCCUGGCGUGGGACCGUCACGUAUCUCGAGUGGAUCUGCGACCUCAAGGACAUCCUCCGCUCCGCGGAUUUCGGACCCGACCCGACCGUCAAAAUCGAAUCCGGGUUCUACGACCUCUACACUAAGAAAGAGCGCGGUUGCAAGUACUGCUCGUUCUCGGCGCGUGAGCAGGUGCUGGCGGAGAUCAAGCGCCUCCUCGAUUACUACGAGGGAGAGGAAAUUAGCAUCACCGUCACCGGUCACAGCCUCGGUUCGGCUUUAGCGAUUCUAAGCGCGUACGACAUGGCUGAGGUGGGACUAAACGUCGUCGCAUCGGGGAAGAAAGUCCCGAUCACCGUUUAUUCCUUUGCCGGUCCACGUGUCGGAAAUCUGAAGUUCAAAGGGCGCUGUGACGAGCUGGGAAUUAAGGUGUUGAGAGUGGUUAACGUUCACGAUGUGGUCCCAACGGUGCCGGGGAUAAUAGCCAAUGAGAAGCGUCAGUUUCAAAAGUACAUUGAAGAAACGAUGUCGUUUCCUUGGAGUUAUGCCCACGUGGGGGUGGAACUUAGGCUGGACCAGAGCCACAGCCCAUUUCUCAAGCCCACUAAGGAUCCGGGGUGUGCGCAUAAUCUAGAGGUUCACUUGCACUUGGUGGAUGGUUAUCAUGGCAAGGGAAAAAGGUUCUGCCUAGAGACGAAGAGGGACAUAGCGUUGGUGAACAAAAAUUGUGACUUGCUGAGGAGUGAGUACGGUGUUCCGUCGCAAUGGCGGCAGGACGAGAAUAAGGGGAUGGUGAGGAAUACCGACGGGCGGUGGGUGCUGCCGGAGCGGCCGAGGCUCGAGGGCCACCCGCCUGAUAUGGCGGAGCACCUUGAGAAAGUACUAAUGAUCAAGAGAAAUAGUAAUAGUAAUGGGGGUGUUCAUGGAACUAGUUCUCCAGGGUUGGAAGCUAGUUAAUUAUGAAUAUUUAUGAGUUUGAUGUGGACUACUAACAAACGAGACCUUCAUUAGCUUACUUAUUAUAUAUAUAAAUAUAUAUAUAUAUAUAUAUGUAGUUAUGUUAUGUUAAUAAUAUGUCAUAUAGUCCUUUUCAAUUAAUGUGCCUAAUUACAUGGUUUGUUGGUUUGUCACACUAUAACACAUC